UUUCGCUCCAUAACCUCAAAUUAUUCUUGCUUAUUUGUAACGUUUUAUUUGCAUUUUUAAUUGAAAUGAACGACAAAUUAGAAGAAAAGCAGACAAAAAACAAAUUAGCAGUGUUCGAGCACAUACCUUGCAAAGAGAAAAAGAAUAAUAAUAAAAAUAAAAGAGGGUAUAAACGGGCAUUGUCACCAUCUUCCGAUAGUGGUUUGGUGAUCGAUGAUGAAGACUCGCAGCACCCCACUAAGAAACGUGUUCAAGGUGUUCGAUUAGUAAAAGAACCACUCUCCUUGGAGUGUGGCUGGAAUUCCUGUGAAGAAGUUUUCGACAGCUACAGAAAAUACAAUUACCAUGUUAAAGAACAUGCAGAAAAUGAUUGUGCCGAAGGUGAUGAGAUGAUGUGCAAAUGGCGUGAUUGUACCACGAUUAUUUCUGAGAAGAGCCUUCUUUCUCAGCAUGUUAGCUACCAUGGGUAUCAUACGAAGUUAAAGAACAUAGGAAAGAAUGUGUUAGGUCGACGUGAUUUGCCCGAUUGUACUCGUGAGGUAGAAGAGGCCUUUCCUUUGUACAUAAAUGGCUAUUCGUGCGACUGGAAAGAGUGUGGCGGUUUGUUUGAAGAUGUAUACGAAUUUCAUGAGCACAUUAAACUGCACAUUAACAGCAACCCGAAGUAUUGCAAAAAGGAUGAAAUUAUUGAAUGUUUAUGGCAAGGUUGCAGUUACAAAUGCUCUUCUCAGUACAAGUUGUCCGACCAUCUAAAAAUGCACACAAAGGAGAAGGUAGUGGCUUGUCCCACCUGUGGGGCUCAUUUUGCAGGUAAAACAAAAUUUUACGAUCACAGAAAGCGCCAACUGCCACCGGAAGUUCAGAACUAUCAGUGCUCGCAGUGCUCCAAGUUUUUUCCUAGCGAACGUCUUCUCAGGGACCACAUGAGGACUCAUAUAAAUCACUAUAAAUGCACAAUGUGUGACAUGACUUGUCCGAAACCGUCUGCAUUAGCUAUUCAUUUUAGAUACCGACAUUUAAAUGAGCGACCAUUGCAGUGUCAUCUCUGUAGUUAUAUGGCUGUAACUAAGCAGGCUCUGGAUGCGCAUCUUAUAACACAUUGUACGGAGAGCUUGCUUGCUUGUGAAGAUUGCGAUUAUCGGUGCCGGUCAUUUUAUGGUUUAGAUAAACAUUAUCAAAAAGUUCAUGGAUUGGAUUUGAUGCAAACCUAUGAAUGUCAUUGUUGCCAAGCUAAAUUUCAACGUGGCAACUACUUGACUAGGCAUUUGAUAAAAGCUCAUGAUUUCCAUUGGCCGUCUGGACAUUCUCGGUUCAGGUACAAAGAAGAUGCGGAUGGAAUAUUUCGCCUACAAACUGUCAGGUAUGAAAGCAUCGAAGUUACUCAGGAGAUGAUGAGCUCAACUAACACCACCAGUCAGCCAGUAGAAGUGCAAACGAAUAAAAGAUACAACUUGAGAAAAAAACAGCAAUCAUCAGAUAAAACGCCCAACUACGUUCUGAUGGUGGCCGAAAAUGGCGAACAAAACGUCGUGUGUCCGACUAAGAACAACAUUGUGAUGACUAUUAACGACAUUGACGAAAGUGGGAAUAUUUUAAACUCGGAAAUUUUGCAGUCGCAAGAAAUGCAGAUUGUACCAAACACAAAAGGCGAAUAAGCAUUGUUAAAUUCUAUAUUUGUAUACUAUAAUAUUUACAAUAACACAUUGAUAUUUA